CGACACGCGACGACGACAUGCUUCUCGAACCCGAACUCGUCGAGUACAUUGCAGCGUACAUUGCAUGCCCGACGGCCUGGCUCGCGUUCCUUACUGCGAUGCCCCGCUGGUCCCUGCGCCGUCCGGUCCAAAGCCUCCUGCGGCUGUACCCGAGCGUGCUCCAGCGCGGCCCGCGCCUCGUGCUAUCAAAGAUAGCACCCGAGCAUGUCGAUGACAUUCGCGCCGCCAUGCCGCUCUACACGGUGGUCGAGCUCUCCGACUGGACUUGUGCGCGCCACGCGAUCGACGUGGUCGUGCCGUCGGUCGACGUCGAAAUCGCCAACGUCAAGUCGUCCGAGAUACUCUCAGCCGCGAUGGCGUCGUGGCCGCUGCAGCUCGUCGCGUGCAAGGUCGAUAUCGGCCCCGAAGUGCUCUUCUCGUCAUUGGCCUUUGCGGCCGCGUGCGCCCAGCUACGCGACUCGUGCCCGCGCCUUGCCUCCUUGGAUCUGUGCUGGCAGCGGCCCAUGGCACCCGCCGAGCAAGAUGCACUCGUCGCGGCCAUUUGCGCGUCGUCAUCGCUCACGCACUUGCGCAUUGCAUCGUUCAUGGCGAUCGUCUUGACCGACGACAACACGCGCCACCUCGCCAAGUGGCUCGAAACCUCCUGCGUGCACACGAUCGCGUUCGAAUCCGUGGCCUUUUCGCUCCAGUCGGAAAGCGCCGUGUGCCAUGCGCUUCGGCGCCACGUACCGACGCUACAGUCGCUCAAGCUCGCGUUCACGCCGUCGCUCGCACGCGCCUUGCUCAACGGCCGACGGCUGCCCAAGACGCUCCCCAAGCUCGAAAUUGUCGGCAGCAUCGAAACUGUCGACAUUGCGCCGUCCAUGGCCGCCAUGAUGGCCGAGUCGCUCGCCGAGUCGCACUUGACGCACUGCACCCUCUCAAGCAACCACUGCCUGCACAACCCAAGCGUCGCCAGCCUCAUCUUUGGCGCGCUACCCCACAUGGCGCACCUCCAGCACCUCAAUUUGACGUACAACGGACUCGACACGGUCGCGUGCGAGGUGCUAGCUACGGCGCUGCCGAACAUGCGCCGCCUCGAAAGUCUCAAUGUCGAAAACAACUUUUUACGGGACGUGGGCUGCGCGAUCCUAUCGACCGCGCUUCCGAACUGCGUGGCGCUGCAGACGCUGCAUUUGGGCCACAACUUCAUCGGUGACGUCGGCGUCCGCGCGCUCUGCAUGGCUGUGCGCAGCUCCACGUCGCUCUCGACGCUCACGCUGGGCGGGAACGAGCUCACGGCCGUCGGCGCCACGCAGCUCGCGCGUUUGGUGCAAGACGCCAAGUGCCCGACGCUGACGACGUUGGACGUGGCGCUCAACCCGCACUUGCAAGUCGACGGCGUCCUGCGACUGCUGCAUGGUGUGCAUCAGUCGAGCGUCCAGCUCACGGUCUCGGGCUUGGCGCUGCCGCCGCGCCAGCUCCGGAAAUGCGUGUCGUUGAUCGAGCAGCUCGAGCUGCCGGCGACAUUGCUCACGUAGCGCAUCAUAUAUCGUUGUGUCGAGGAGGUCUAGUCAAUAUAUAUUUGGUUGUCGCCCU